GGUAAUCACGUGGAAGCAGAGGAGUCGGUAAAUUUCUCUGUCGAUCCUUUGUCGCAGCGUUACGAGAAGUGGCAAGUGGGUCAAGCGAGUUUUCGAGACUGGCAGAAGAAGUUCUCGCAAAACGUCAUCGAGCUGGACGCUACUAAAAGCAAGUGGUACGUUUGGACUCGCGCAGAUCACGCGAUGCGCUCCCGAUUCGCCGACGUUAUCCUUUACUUUAAUGAGGCGGAUCUGGAGAAGGUUCACAGUCUGAAGCACAUGUGCGUGUCACCUUUCGAAUUUCGAUGGCGACAGAGUCGAUACGAAUCGUAUUGUCCCGUUUGCUUGCGUCUUGAGAAACUCUUGAAAACCUCCGGCCGAUUAGUGGAUAGUUCAGGAAUGGUACAGUUUAGGGAACACUUCUAUUGGAUAUGUCCGCAACAUAUAGAUGCUUUCGUCGAGGAUCCGCUGCAGUACGUUUCACCUGCCAAUGAAACGUCUCUUCUCGACGAACGACCACGAAUACUCGAGGAGGUGGCUGAUGCAGAGCACGCUUGCUGGGCGCAACGUCUUCAAGUCGGCGGUUUAUGCCCGGUAACUUACGUCGAUGGUCUCCCGGAUCGCAAGCUGAUGCAAGGCAGAUCCGAUCUGGGUGCUAUCUUCAAAGGUAAAGUAUUCCUUUUCUGCAGCGAAGAGUGUCGUGAAAAGUUCCUCGCGCAGUACUACAAGUACAUUGAAGCGGAUAUUCCGUUUCCUCGCGAGGUCAAAAUGCUGUCAGAUAUCGAUUUCUUGGAGCAAACGAUAGCGAGUCGUGUUCCGGUACCCGAUGCGAGAUUCGACUAUCUCUGCGAAUAUUUUAAGCCAGCUAGUAAAGUUCCGGCCUUCCUGCACGUGAUGGACAUUGCAGGAUUAGUAAAGGGUGCUGCUGAGGGACAGGGCUUAGGAAAUAACUUUCUCUCUCACAUUGGAGCUUGCGAUGGCAUAUUUCAUCUUUGCCGUGUCUUCGAGGAUGACGAUGUCACUCACGUGGAGGGCGAUGUCAAUCCCGUGAGAGAUCUCGAUAUUAUUAGCGAGGAGUUACGAUUGAAAGAUAUCGAAUUCUUGAAUACGCAUCUCGAAAAGCUUGAGAAGCUUGUAAUUCGUGGUAAUGAUAAGAAGCUGAAACCUGAAUAUGAAACGCUUUUGAAGGUGAAGGGGGUUUUAACGGAUGACAAGAAACAUAUCAGGUUCGCCGAUUGGAGUAGCAAUGAUGUCGAGGUACUGAACAAAUAUUUGUUUCUCACGUCAAAGCCAAUUCUAUAUUUGGUGAAUCUGUCAGAAAAAGAUUACAUACGCAAAAAGAACAAAUGGUUAAUCAAGAUAAAGGAAUGGGUUGAUAAGAAUGAUCCGGGUGCGGUGUUAAUUCCGUUCAGCGGCAUCUUCGAAAACAAGAUUCUUGACAUGGACGAGGCGGAACGCACAAAAUACUUCGAGGAACACAAAGUCACCAGUGCGCUUGACAAAAUUAUUGUACAAGGAUACAAGGCGUUAAACUUGCAAUAUUUCUUUACGGCCGGUCACGAUGAAGUUAAGGCAUGGACAAUCCAAAAAGGUACAAGAGCACCUCAAGCUGCUGGAAAGAUUCAUACAGAUUUCGAAAAAGGAUUCAUUAUGGCAGAAGUGAUGAAAUUCGAAGACUUCAAAAACGAAGGCUCGGAAGCCGCAGUAAAGGCUGCAGGAAAGUACAGACAACAAGGGCGUGCUUACGUAGUCGAAGACGGUGAUAUUAUUUUCUUCAAAUUUAAUGCAGGUGCCGGAUUAAAAGACGCGAAAAAGAAGUGAUGGCACGCAUUUCUCAUGUUGUUGCUCGUCCAUCUGUACCUCAACAUGAUUCUGUUAUCCUGUUGUACGC